UAGUGAUUAGCAUUACUACACAAGAUACAUUCAAGUGGGUUAUGAUGUACCCUAUCAGGCGAACAAAUACGAUAAACAAUUGCUAUUUACUGACGCUGUUUCAAAUUCAGCCCCACGCUCUUCCAGAGCGGAAAUAGUUUCAACCCUGGCAAGAAGCACGUUGUCUGUCGGUCGUUCGAGAAAAAAUCGUUAAAACCGGCGGUUAAAUAGCCUUGGUAUCGGCAUAUUUUACUCGAACCGCUACAGGUAAGUAACACAGCGAGAUAACACAUCAAAACCGAUGAAAAACAACAGUUAUGUGGACACAAUUAUUGACAACUGCAAUCAGAGGCGGUGUUUAGUAUUCAAAAGACCGCUGAACGGUUAGGAUGGGUAAGCCAAUUUGGGUGUUGUUUGCGGUGCUGGCAGUGCUGUGGCCGAUGACCGUCCGCGGACAGCUGGACGGUAACAAUUAUCGACUACCGAACAACAGUUACCCAUUGCGGUACGACCUUGAACUGACCACGUACAUCCACGAGGACGGCCGCAGCAGACAGUUUCGGUUCGAUGGAAGCGUCAAGAUUGAAGUGUUUGUUAAGGAUGAGCGGAACAGCAGCAUCACGCUGCACUAUCGUCAGAUCACGAUUACCCACGUGAAGUUGUGGUCCUUUUUCGGGAAUGGAACGGAAAACGUGCUGCUGAACGAUAAUUCCAGCUUCCAGCUGGAUCCGGUACGUGAGUUUGUUACCGUGAUGCCACCAGGCGUCGAUUUGAAGGGAACCUACUUCUUAGAGUUCGAGUAUAAUGGACAACUACGCGAGGAUAAUGCCGGAUUUUACCGUUCCUCGUACGUGGAUGAUGAGGGAAAAACACGUUGGCUUGCCACGACGCAGUUUUCCUCGACGGACGCCCGCCAUGCUUUUCCUUGCUACGAUGAACCUGGCAUACGGGCCGCAAUCGGGCUGACGGUGAUUCACGGAGAGGAUUACUCCGUCCUGUCGAAUAAUCUGCCAAAGGAAAGCUCUCCCGGACCAUACGACGGGUAUGUAAAAACGGUGUUCGCAGAUACGCCCAUCAUGCAGCCUUAUCUGCUGGGCAUCGUGGUGAGUGAUUUCGCCUCGGUGGAAUCCCCGCUGUACCCCCGGCAGCGGGUCUUCGCUCGCUACAAUGCCAUCCGCAGCGGAGAGGGGGAUUUUAUUCUGGAAGCUGGCUACAAAACACUGGAGGUGCUGGAAGAAUACCUGCAGACGGACUAUGCGUUGCCGAAGAUUUACCAGGUGGCGGUGCCGGAUUUCGCCCCUGGGGCGAUGGAAAAUUAUGGUUUGGUUACUUAUAAGGAGCAGAGUUUCUUCUACAACAGUCAGACUUCACCGCUGAGACAGAAGCACUCGAUUGCGACCGUAGUGGGACACGAAUUUGGUCACCAAUUUUUUGGUAACAUGGUGUCGCCGGCAUGGUGGAGCUACCUCUGGAUGAAGGAAGGUUUCGCUAGGUACUUUGAGUAUCUGGCAUCGGAUAUGGCCUAUCCGGAGCUGCGAAUCGGGGAAACCUAUACGGUCGAACAAAUGUACAGUGCUUUCGAGCGCGAUGCGCUCAGUUCUUCGCGACCUAUGACUUACUAUGUUAACACUCCGACGGAGGUCGCCAACGUGUUUGACGAAAUUUCCUAUGCGAAAGGCGGAUCCAUGAUGCGAAUGUUCCGGCAUGCUUUCGAACCGGAAACUUUCCGACAAGCGCUGACCAAUUAUUUGCGUGCCAGAGCAUUCCAGGCAGCCACACCGGAACAUUUUGCCGAAGCAAUUCAGCAAGCAAUCGACAACGCGACCGACGUUGCUCUGCCGGAUGAUGUCACGGCUCUGAACAUUCUCCAAUCAUGGACGGAACAGAGUGGCUUCCCGGUGCUUCACGUCUCUAGAGAUCUCAACUUGUACGUUCGCAUAACUCAGGAGCGUUAUCUGCUCAAAGCCUUGGAUGAGAAGAACUCUUCUUGGAUAUUACCGUACAAUUUCGCAACUGCCAAAAACCCUAAUUUCGACAUCACCUCAGACACACGCUGGUUGUUGUCCAACAGUGCAACACUUCCAGCCGAAGGCUGGACAUCUUCCGAUUGGAUCAUUUUCAACAAACAGCAAACCGGAUACUACCGAGUAAACUACGACGAACGUCUCUGGAACUUGCUGAUUACGCAACUCCAUCGCAACCACUCCGUCAUCAACAACAUCAACCGCGCGCAGUUGAUCGACGAUUCGUUCAAUUUGGCCCGGUCCGGUCGGUUAGGCUACGACACUGCCCUCCGUUUAAUCGCAUACCUCACCCACGAGAGGGAUUACGUACCGUGGGCGGCUGCAAAUAGAAACCUUCAAGUAUUGAUGCGUCUUUUCUCGGCCUCGGAACAGGACCAAACGCUGAAGAGAUAUUUCCUGUCCAUAAUCAGUCCGGUGUUUGCGGAGUUGGGACUGGAAACGGAACCCCUGGAUGAUCUCUUCGCACGUCGAGCACGAGAACUGGUCGCACAAUGGGCAUGCACGAUGGGAUCGGAACAGUGUCUGAAUAAGGCCUCGGAGGCUUUGCGGCAAUCGUUAAUAGCGGCAGACGUCCAGGUGGAUCCCGAUUUACGAGGGGUAAUUUAUUGUCAUGGAUUGGCGAAAGCCGGCGAGGAUAUUUUCCUAGCAGUGUGGCAGAGAAUGCAGACCUCGAAGGAUCAACAGUUCCGCGGAGAUCUCAUCAGCGCGCUUGGGUGUACGCAAAGCGAACUGCUGAAAGAAAUGUUCCUCAACACAUCAAUCGCCGAUGAAGUCGAUGGAUUGAACUACUUCGGUCAGGAGCGGGGAGCGAUCUUCAAUGCCGUUUCCGGUAGAGAUCGGAAGGGAACAGAAAUUGCGAUUAGAUUUUUCGCCAACAACCUGAUGAAGAUCAAUGAAUUGUACAAUAUGGGAAAUUUUGGAAAACGUGCUAUUGGGAACGCCGUAACCAACUUGGCAAACUCCAUCGUCGAUCUCGAGUUGAACGGCCAAUUUCAGGAGUUAAUCGAUCAACUCUCCCGGGCGGGUCUGCUGAGAGAUGCCGACAUCCUCAGGGCUCUGGAACAAACGAGUGAAAACCUCAUAUGGAUACAAACCAAAGGUGAGGAAAUCGAGGACUGGCUGGAGGCUUUUUUCCCGGCUCCUGCCACGACAACCACGGAGCAAACCACAACAACAACCACAACUAGUAGCACAGUGACAACUACUACUUCAACAACGACGGUUAGUGUACCGUCAUCAAGAUCGACAUCUACGACCACAAGUAGCAGCCUAACAACGAACGAGGAUGAGCCAACGAUCGCUCCUUCGGAGACUACAACGCCGGAAGCAACGAUUUCUUCCACCCAAGAGAAAACAUCCGUGACGGCGGCCCUACAAAGUACCACCAAGGAAGACGGAGGAGGAUCCGCCGUUGCUUCAGCAUCUUUCGCCCUUUUAGCGCUGUCCAUUUUGAGAAGCAUUCUAUAGAUUUUGUUUAGUUUAAAUAGUCAAAAGUAAUGAAAACUUAACAUAAGCCAAACUUGCGAUAAUAAUACGAGUGUGUUAUAUACAAAUCGUUUUUUUGAAGUAGAAUACUUCUCUCAGGAAGUUCGGCUACAUAGGGAUGUGAAAUGAAAAUCUAAAACCGAAAAAAGUGAAAAUAUGUCCAAUUUCAAAUGCUAAUAAAUCGGUUAGUAUUCGAUGGA